CCUGCCUGCUCUGCCGGAGCCCGUUCACCGCCGUCUCUCUCCUCCAGCUCGCUCCGCCGCCCAGCAGCACUGCAGCACAGCACAGGCUGACGGCAUGAGGCUUGAUCCAGUGCAUUUCUCCAUGCUGGUCAUCGGGGUCUCCUUCGCCUGUUACGCCCCGAGUCUCAACUCCCUCCAGGACCAGGCGUACCGAUCAGCCGUGGUCAUCGAGGGCGAGGUGCGCUCCUCCCCGGAGAACGUCUCCUCCCGGGAGCCCUACAGUGUGAAUGUCAAAGUGCUGGACGUGUGGCCCGUCAACAGUGGCGGCCUCGAGAGGGAGCAGCUCGUGACCGUCGGGGACUUCGGUUCCGAGGCCCCGUGCACCACGGUGGAGAAGGACCACAGAUAUAUCUUUUUCAUGGACCCGACCGCCGAGCCCUUGGUAUUCAAGGCAUCCUACGCCCCUGUGGACGCCAGCGAGCCGGAGCUGAAGAAGGAUGUGGAGAGAGUGUUGUGCGAGGACUGCGCCUCUGCUCCCAAGCUUAGGCUGAUGCGAGGCCAGGCUCUGAUGGAAGGGGACAAGCUGUACUUGAAGUGCGAGGCGUCAGGGAAUCCCAGCCCUUCCUUCCGCUGGUACAAAGAUGGACAUGAGCUUCAGAAAGGCAGAGACCUCAAAAUAAAGACCAACAAAAAAAACUCAAAGGUGCAGAUCAGUCGUGUCCGUGUGGAAGACUCUGGCAACUACACCUGUGUGGCUGAAAACUCACUAGGACAAGAAAACACCACGAGUAUAAUCAGCGUGCAAAUCUUGACCACCACCACCCUGUCUCCGGGCGUGAGUCACGCGAGGCGCUGCAACGACUCGGAGAAGGCCUACUGCGUCAACGGGGGAGACUGUUACUUCAUACAUGGUAUUAACCAGCUGUCCUGCAAGUGUCCCAAUGACUAUACGGGGGACCGCUGUCAAAACUCCGUCAUGGCCGAUUUCUACAAGCUUCUCAGACUUGAAUUUAUGGAGGCUGAGGAGCUCUACCAGAGGCGGGUGCUGACGAUCACAGGCAUCUGUGUGGCGUUGUUGGUGGUUGGCAUCGUUUGUGUGGUGGCCUACUGCAAAACCAAGAAGCAGAGGAAGAAGAUGCAGAGUCACCUACACCAGAACCAGAAUCAGUGUUUGGAGCAACCCAACCGCAUGCUGGCCAACGGGCCCAACCACCCCGGGCCAGGUCCUGAGGAUAUUCACAUGGUUGAUUACAUCUCCAAGAGCGUCCCUACGACAGAGUGUGUGAUCAGCCACGGAGCUGAGGGUGCAGGCAACUACGCAGGCAGCCGAAUGUCGACCCGCUCCCACCACUCUACCACUGCCUCACAUGCUUCCAGACACGAGGAGCAGACGUGGAGCAUGGAGCGAACAGACAGUAUGAACUCAGACUGCCAGUCAGGUGGGCUGUCCAGUUCUGUGGGAACCAGUAAGUGCAGCAGCCCGGCAUGCAUGGCAAGGAGGGCUGCCCACUGGGGCUGUGCGGACAUGUCUGGUCCAGGAAUGCAGUACGGGGAUUCUUACGACUCUUUAAGAGACUCACCUCACAGUGACAGGUACGUGUCGGCGCUGACCACGCCAGCACGCCUGUCUCCAGUGGAGUUCCACUACCCCCCGUUGCCGCCCCAGGUGCCCACUUUCCAGAUCACCUCGCCCAACACAAGCCACGCCCUCUCCUUGCCCCCUGCUGCCGCUGACUACCACAGAGAUGACGACCAGCCGCUGCUACGAUGCCCUGAUGACGGAAGCUUAUACAGGCAGCCCCGGCGUCCGCGGCGACCCUACCUGACGGAGAGCACGGGAAGUCUACCGUCCAGCCCCUACCGUCUCCCCGACGACGAGGCCUACGAGACCACGCAGGAGUACGCCUCGUCCCGGGAGCCGAUCCGGAGCCGGCGCCGCCCGCGACGCAACCGUCUCAACGGACACAUCUCCCAGCGUUCAGCGGGCCUACGGGACUACAGCUCACAGAGCUUCAGCCAGUCGGAGGAGGAGGAGGAGGAGGAGGAGGAAGAGGAUGCUCAAGGGGAGAGCACACCUUUCCUUAGUAUGCAGAACAUGAACAUGGACCCGCCCUUAACGGUCUCGGGUUUCCGUUCGUCGUCUGGUGCGGACACACGGACUCACCGCGGGCUGAGUCGGCCGGGGCCGCGCAGCAACGGGCACAGCCGCGGCUCCCAGCCGCAGCGCUCCAAGGCUGACAACAUGCCCCUUUAA